CUGAUUUAUUCGAAUUGAGUGACGGACAUGUCCUGAAGUAUGUGUCGACAAUUAUCUGAGCUUGAGUGUAAGGGAGGGAACAAGCCAUCGCGUAUUCUCUCGGUAAUGCCUUGGGCAUGUUUAUACACCCUAUGCCGUUAUACCCGAUAAGCGCCAGUGCUGCUAUUCGAAUGAAGCGCGUCAUAUCUUUAUAAGGCGCGAGAGGUCGGAUCCCAAGCCCAGCUUCUCUGCUCUCACUUUCUGGGCUCGUCCGCACCUCUUCUGAUCUGAAAAUCCAAAUGGAAGUCGAACACGGAAUCAUUGAUGUUUCAACCUGUGCGUUUGCUCCAAAUUUGGCCUUCACCCCCAUUCAACGACUGCCGUCUCACUCGCACCCCCCCUCCAGUCCUACGGCCAACCCGAUCGCAUUACUCUGACUCGAUGAGCUUCCCAACGCAUUUGGGGCUUAAUAAUCAAGCCCACUAUGGGGGCGAAAUGCUGCCAGGCGCUGGUGAAGCCCUGCCCAAGAAGAAAAGCCUUCCGUACACUUCUGACAUCCACGGGAGCCAGCCGCCGUGGCAUGCUGUUGUUCAAGCACCCUCUCUGGAUACGGAUGAAACCAUGUCCACAUACCAGAAAGGUCCCAAUCCACUGUCUUCAAUGUCGCCUGUUCUUAUCAAUGGGGAAAGCUGGUGUCAGUCUGAGCCCUUGGGUCUUCGGUCCUUUGAUUCGCAACGUCUGGACUUGGGGGUGGCAUCAGCUUACUACUCAAUGAAUUUCCCCCCAUGGAAUCAAACCGAGGCGCAGUGCUUGCCUGCCAAGCCUCCCGAUACGCCUUUUUCGACCUCAGUUUCACCACAACUGUCAAGCAUGAAUGGCGAAACUCACGGGAGGCCUCACUUGCCCCGAAUUUCCAUCCAAACAAGCUUUGGUAACGCCAAAACUUUAUCGGAACGAAAGGAAGGGGUUGGUUGUGAUCUUUCCGGAGUAUAUCGUCAAUCUUCUUCUCUGGUUUCCCCGGGCUUUGCUUUGGAGCUCACGGAAUCCUCAUCACCUUCCACCCUUGCCUUAGGGACCUAUCGCGGGAAAUCACUCCCUUGUGUUAAUAAACCAAUGGAUUGGCAUAUGACCUUGGAUGAUUUCUCUUGGCUCGCGUCCGUGCUCUCUCCCAAGCGCCGUCCUAACAAGCGCGAACCCACUCCUUCGGGGACUUGCCGAUUCUGCGAUGUCAUCUGCGCACGAGCCGGCAGCCUUCAACAACACGUCGUCUUCCAGCACCGUCAACGAAUCGCCCGGAAAUACAUCGGGAACGAUCACUAUAAUCAAGAUUUGGCAUUGGCGUUCACCGUCUUACAAUUAGAUGCGGAUAGCGAGUAUGAAGAUAUGUCAAACACAGACACCAAUAUGGGAGGCCGCAGGACCACCGAGGAAGCCACUGAGAGUGAGGUAUUCCGCGCAGCUCUUGCAAACGGCCCCGUGACCUCGAUGGCUUCAUAUCCACAUCUGGUGGCUCGUUUCCACAGGUUCUGCAUGGCCGAAAAGUGGAGAGGGGUCCAUUGCAGUGCAUGUGGGAUGCUCGUUCAGAGGAAGCUGAAUCUUAGUGAGCAUCAAGCCAAAUGCCCUGCCAUCCUGGGAUCUCAGGCAGCCAAACCCAAAGGGCCGGGCCGCAGCGUUCGUUCUGAAGAUAACAACCAAUGAUGGUUUAUGAAACCAGUGGAUCGUAGUUCUCGUCCUUUGUCAAGCUGUCAUACCAUCAGCAAAUGUACAUUUCUGAUGCUCAGCGUUCGGGGGGUGCGGGAUCUCAAUGACAGUAUUCUCAGCAAAUCC